UCAAAAACUCGUCGUCAGAAAUUUUCAAAAAGAUGGCGAGUUUCGAGAAAUUCGAACCCAUAUUCGGAGAAGUAGUACCCGAACGAUCGGAUCCGGGUACGGGUCUUCUCCGGCGAUGUCUCUUCCACGUCUACGCUUCCGAUUCGUAUAACUUAACAGUCCAUGUCACUGACUUCGUCUCCGGCGUCUGGACGACGAUCCUCUCCGUCUCGAAGCUAGAUGAUAUGAGGGAUACUGUUGGGAUUGGUGGUUCGUGGUCUGAGUUCGUCGAUUAUACUGUAGCUUCUUUGAAAUCAGAUAAUGUGAAGCUUCUUCUGCUUGGACCAAAUUCAGUUUCUAAUGGUGUUGAGAUUGCGCGAUUAGUUUCUCAGAAGGCCAAAGGAAUGCCUCGCAUAAUAGUUACUCUAACAAAGAUGGUGGACUCAUCUGCUGCUAGUGAGGCAAUGGCUAAUCUGUCUUUCGAGUUGUUCAGAGAGUUCAAGAGCAAGCAGCACUUACAAGGAGAAGUGAGUUCGUCAGCUGCAGCAACUGAUGAAAAGGAUAAGAGGGACGGUGGUACCCAUAACCAACUGGAACGAAACUUCUCUGGAAAGCUAGAUGUUAUGGCUCCAUCAACAGAUAACCAGCAAGACUCUCCUGCCAAGAAAUCCUCCCGAGAAGCUAACACAGCAAAACCUGUUAAACGAGUUCCUGCUCACCGAAGAACGCGUAAACGCGGUGCUCUUUUGCAGGAUUCAGAAGAAGAGGACGGGUGAUUGGAACAGAACAUAAUCUUAGACGACAUUUUAAAUCCAUCAUCAGCUCUUAGUAACAAACUGAAUCGCCUGGGAUGUAUACUUAUGCUGAUGAUAGUUUCUCAGGUCCUUUUUUCUCCUCUUUUGGUGAUUUGAUUUUGUAAAAAGAAUCUGGAAGGUUAGCGUAGAUUCCUUGUGGACACAUACUACAGUAUAAGCAAUUUUUGAAAGAUGAAAAAGAAAUAAAGUUGAAUC